AUGUCUGACGGGAGUGCCCAGUUCGACACCGACUCCGAGGCUUCUCUCACCUACGAUUUGCUCGUUGUCACCGAUGCCACAGCUAGUAUGGGCGGAUAUCUGGACGCGCUGCGCCAGUCAAUUCCUGAAAUCCUCGCUCUAGCCAAACUUUCAGGCGCUUUUUCUCGCGUGGGCGUUCUCGCCUACAAAGACUAUAGUGACGAGACCGAGCUUGUCAACUGGUCUGGCUGGAAUGUGCCCAACCUGUCCUCAUUCGUGCACGAUCUGCAAUCCACCGGCGGUGGCGACUUCCCCGAGGCAGCGAAGACAGCCCUCAUCCGCGCGCUGCAGAAGGUCGACGCGAAAAACGCGCAGACACUCGUGCUCUGGUACGCCGACGCUCCGCCUCACCACCCAGUUUUCACUAGCCACCUCAACGACGUGGCGGAGAAGCAGGCUUUCCCUGAGGGUUCGACGGACUGGGUGAAGCUGUGUCGAACUGCGAAACGCCGAGGGUGCACAUUCUUCUGCUUCACUCCGCAGGGAUUGGACACACAGUACUCGUCGUUCUACGUGCUGCUAAGCGCGCUGACUGGUGGAAUUUGUGUUGCUUCUAGGGCAGGGGAGAAUGACAGCAAGACGCUGGCGAGGCUUUCGGUGGGGAUGGUGAUGCACUGGAUGGGUCGCUCGACGGCCACGUUUUCCGACAUUUUGGAGCAGUCAAAUGCACGACUUUUACGAUACGUCAAUCCUCCGAUCGAGAAGCUCACCGAUGAGGGAAAGGGCGCUAGGGGAUACCUUCCUGCGCGAGUCGUUGGGUCAAGUCGGGACGUCUGGCUGGCGCAGAAGAUCUCCAAGCUCCCUCUGGGGUUGGAUCACAUACCUAUCAGACAUUCGAUGAAAGAAAGCUUCGAUCCUGGCAAGCGGUUCCUUGAUCCCGGCGAGACGACAUACCAGGCCAUGGUCUACGAAUCGCUCGCAGAGAUCAUCACCACGAAUGUUGCAUGUCUGACUUACAAUCCCAUCUUCGGGCAACUCUGGCGAGCCGUCUGCAGGGUCAACAACGAGCGCAAAGCUGCGUUGGUGAACCUGUUCAGCGCCCAGGUUGGGAGGAUUGAGGACGUGGAGCAGAAGAAGGGACUGAAGCUGUGGCUGGAAGAGAGCUUCGACCAGACGGAAGAGAUCGACAAGAUGAUCCAGGCCGCUGCCAGUCGCCCUGCAGUUUAUCUGGACUUCGAUGCAGACGUGAAGUUGACCCGGACGGAGCUAUUGGAGGUCUCUCAUAGCUGUUACCCUGGAGUUUUGAAACGCAUCGGGAAGAUCUUCACUCAUCUCAAGCUGGUCGAACCUGGAGUGACACUGGGCCCAAACGAACGUUUCGUUCCUCUGUCCCUCUCUGCCUCAGACGUGUUCCGCACGCUUCCUCACUUGAUUGUCCCCGGAACGCUCUAUCCUCACCGUGCCGCUGCGCUAAUCGCCAUUGUUGCUCUUGUCACGGGUGUGCCGUUCCUCGCUGACUUGGCCAAGUCGUUACUUGCAACAUUCAAGGGGAAAUGGCUUGAUCUUGAGGUUCCAGAGAACAUCAGCUUCGAUUGUGCAAGGCUUCUGCUGUCAGCCCCGGAGGGCAUCGUGUUGACGAGACAAGAGAAGCGGGUAUAUGAGAUGAUGAGACGUUACAGGCUCAUCGAGGCGAACCUCGACGCUCCAGUGCAAGUCAAAGUCCCCUGGGCGCCAGCGAAGACGAGGGGGUGCGGUGAUAUGAAAGUUCGGUGCAAGAUGUGUUCGAAAUUUCGCAGUGUGACUAUAAUGUGCCAUGAUCGAAAUAAUGUUUGUGGACACUGCUCCUUCGGUGAUGGAGACAGCUAUCCUGAAUACUCUGAUGAGGAAAGCUGCUGGGUAGAGUGUUCUUCGAUGAAGUGUCGGGCCCAGUACGUUGUCGAUAACGUGGCUGGAUUGAGAAUCCGCCCUCGCUGCCAUUACUGUCGCACCCACAUUUCCUGCCCUUGGAUCGAGUGCUCGGUCUGUACCAACCGAGUGAUCAUCCCAGAGGCCUAUCGCACAACAGCAGCGGACAAGUUUACGUGUCCAGGCUGUACCAAUGGAGACUGGGCCUCGAUUGCAUCACAGGAAAGCACGGUCCGGGCGAUCAAUAAGGAGAACGGUGUGGGCUGGCUUGGGAUGGUGGCCGAUGCGUUUGCCGGAAAGUCUGCCUUCAAGCUCAUGCAGGCUUCCGGGAAAGCUGCUUUCGGAUUUGUGCCUCGACAUCGAUCUCUUUCGCUUGUGCUGGGCCAGAAGAAGGUGUUCAACGCUGCCGAUGUGUUGGCUCAGGUCGAAGCGAGGGACUCUGUGUUCCUCGCCACUUGUUCGUUGUGUUUCGAGGAUGUACGCUCAGACAAGCUCGUGCGGGCCUGCGGUCGGACCGGAUGCACCCAGCUGGUGGAUGAGCGGUAUCUCAAGGAAUGGUACGGCGGGAACGCUCCCGGCAAACUGCUCAACUUGAUGCAGUUCAAGUGUCCGUUCUGCCGCCGUCAGCCACUCCUCAAGACAUUCAUGCGCUACAACCGGGCUGCGGCGGCACUCAGUCAGGUCAAGAACGCAUUCGGGAACCGCCGGUGGCUGUAUGCCUGGUGCACAGAUUGCGGAUCGGCCCAGCGGGCGUUUGAGCGCACGGCGUGCUCCGACCGGGAGCUUCCGCCCAUGGCGCCUGGCUGGUCGUGCGAGGAUUGCACUGUUUCCCAGACCAUUGACACCUUUGGCGCACGACUUGUGCAAUGUCCAAACCCGUCGUGUGGAAUGCACAUUGAUCUCAUUGACGGGUGUAAUCAUGUUGUCUGCGUGUGCGGCACUCAUCUAUGCUUUGCCUGCGGGGAGCAAUUCGAGUCGGAUGCCAUCUACGAGCAUAUGGUCCAGGCUCAUGGGUCCAUUUUCGCCGAGGUGGAGGAAGAACUUGAUGAAUACUAGAGUAGUCGCGCCUUUUUCGUACCAUUUUAAUUUGAUCUACUUUCCUCGAUCUCAGAUGCCACGAUAGACCUCGGGUAUAAUCCAUGCAUUCUGGGACGCCGUAGUACCUAGAGCCUACUCUGGCCUUUGAUAGCAUUCGCCUCGCGCCAUAUGUUGUCUACAGAGCGCCAAUAUCUCUCAGGGUCGGCAAAUGCGUGCCGGACAUGCGCAGUGCCGCUGAACUCCUCCGUCGUCACGUUCAGGCCGUUCUCUCUUGCUGCACGAAGAUGCGCCCGGACGCGCGACGCAGGGAUCACGCGGUCGGCGUCGGAGAAGAUAUACAGCCGCGGAGUUGCCCUGUCCAUCCAUGGAAACAGGCUCGGAUUCACAAGAGCCGGCACGAUCGUAUCCUGGGGCAUCUUCCCUAAGCAGAUGGCUGCACGAGCUUGCAGAUGGGUAACGGCCAGCUCUGCCACUCCCAGAAACACCAGUCGCCGUAGACCAGCAGGAACGGAUGCCGUGACCGCUCUGCGGAGGUCGACACGGACAUAGCUGCCGGGACCGGAGUCGAAGACGAGCGCGAAGGGUACUUUGUGUGAGGGCGG